UGGUAAACAAGUCCCUCCCCUUUCGUCUCACCUGCUUAUAAGCACACCUGUCGCAUCAGCAACACACAAUUCCCUGAACCACUCACACUCCUUGUCGUUACAUAUACAGACAGCCAGACCCCAGCAGCAUGUCGUCCAGCAUGUCCGUGAGGAGCUUCUCCCUGGGCCGCCAGCCCUCCUUCUCCAGCCUCUCCCUGAGGGACAGCGUCCGCCAGCGGUCCCGGGCCUCCGUCUCCUUCUCCUCCUCGGGCCCACUCGGCCGCUCGGCCUCCAGCCUGGAACUCAACGGGCCCGUCAGCCUGCAGCACAACGGCAUCCAUGGCAACAGCGCCAACGAGAAGGAGGCCAUGCAGGGGCUGAACGGCCGCCUGGCCAGCUACCUGGACAAGGUGCGUACUCUGGAGCAUUCCAACGCAGAUCUGGAGAUGAAGAUUAAGAAGCUGAUGAUCGACCGCAUCCCCAAAGGGCAUGACCUGGACUCCAUGAUGGCCCAGGCCCAUUCUGUGGAGCUAGAGGUGAGGAAAAGGACUCUGGAGAAUGCCCGUCUCCUGCUGGAGAUCGACAACGCUAAGCUAGCUGCAGACGACUUCAGGAUCAAGUGGGAGACCGAGCUGGUGAUGUGCCAGUCGGUGGACAGGGACUGUGUGGCCCUGAAGAAGGCCAAGACGGACCAUGAGCAGAUCAUCUCCACCCUCAGAGGGGACCUGGACAGCCUGAAGGAGGAGCUCUACUUCCUCAAGAAGAACCACCAGGAGGAGCUGGAGCAGUUUAGGUCUCGUAUCGCCAAGGACGAGGUGAACGUGGAGCUGGACUCGUUCCAGGGCCCCGACCUGGGGGAGGUCCUGGCCGGGCUGCGCUCCCAGUACGAGGGCAUCGUCCACAAGAACAAGGAGCAGGCCGAGCAGUGGUCCCGCAAGAAGCUGGAGGUGGUGCAGCACGAGGUGAAGGAGAGCAACGAGGCGCUGCGCACCGCCCAGGCCGAGCUGGUGGACCGCCAGCGCUUCCUGCAGACCCUGGAGGUGGAGAUGGAGGGCCUCCACAAGCAGGUGUCCGCCCUGGAGGGAAACCUGGGCGAGACGGGCCAGAAGUACUCAGGGGAGAUGGAGAGACUGCAGUCCACCCUGAGCCAGAUGGAGGAGGACCUGUCCCAGCUCAGACUGGACAUGCAGCGCACCAAGACCAGCUAUGAGCAGCUGCUGCGCAUCAAGCAGAACCUGGAGAUGGAGAUCGCCACCUACAGGCGGCUGCUGGAAGGGGAGGAAACAGUUAAGGCCAUUCCAGUCGUACCAAAAAAGGAGCCUGACGUGCGCACCAGGAAGAUCGUGAAGGUGGUGACUCAGACCAUGAUCAACGGCAGUGUGGAUGAGUCCAGCGAGCUGGAGCAGAUAGAGGAGGACCAAGCAAUAGAGUUAGAGAGAUGGAGGGAGGGAUGGAGAGGGCAGGGGAGCUAA